UCGCGCUCGGGAGUGCUUCUAUGGUCGGGCGCGGAGCAGGCUGUGUCUUUAAAGAUGGCGGACGGAGAGAAGACCCACCACAGCUCCGAAGCCGGCUGCUUGGAAUCUGGGGAGCCUCCCGUCAAACGCCAGAAGUUCGAAUGGACUUUAAAAGAACGGCCUGACGUCUCGCUGAACGAAGUUGAGGGCGAAGAAGAAGGCGACCAGCUGGUUGGCCCGCGGCCGAAGGAAUUGGCGGUGGGACAGGCCUCGGCAGCGUCGGGCGGAGACAAUGGACUGCGGGACCUGGGGCUGCAGAGGGGGGAGGAGAUAGAAAAGGAGGAGGAUCGUGCGAGUGAAGCCGGCGCUGCGGAGCAUGCAGAUAUCUUUAAUCAGAAUGAAGAUAUAAUUCUAAAUGGGUUUUAUGUAAAUAGCUGUGAUGAUGAUGAUGAUCAAUCCUCACACGCAAGUUCUAGUGACUGGACCCCACAACCUCAGAUAGGGUCCUAUAGUUUUAUUCAACAACAUAUUAUGAGGGAAACUGAUCCUCGAACUAUUUUGAAAGACCUUCUCCCAGGAACUGUUCUACCACCUGACCUAGAUGAUAUGACUCUCUGGCAGAUUGUUAUAAACAUAUCCGAACCUCCUAAAAGAAAAAAACGCAAAGACAUAAACACUAUAGAAGAUGUUUGUAGGUUGCUUCAAGAAUGUAAAAAAAUUAUAGUUUUGACAGGAGCUGGGGUGUCAGUUUCUUGUGGAAUACCUGAUUUUAGAUCCAGGGAUGGUAUUUAUGCCCGUCUUGCAAUAGACUUCCCUGAUCUUCCAGAUCCUCAAGCAAUGUUCGAUAUUGACUAUUUUAGAAGAGAUCCUCGACCGUUUUUUAAAUUUGCCAAGGAAAUCUACCCAGGACAAUUUCAACCUUCCCCUUGUCACAAAUUUAUCUCAAUGUUGGACAAACAGGGAAAACUUCUUCGGAAUUACACACAAAACAUUGACACUUUGGAGCAAGUAGCUGGAGUCCAGAAAAUCAUUCAGUGCCAUGGCUCUUUUGCAACAGCAUCCUGCCUUCUCUGUAAAUAUAAAGUUGAUUGUGAAGCUAUUAGAGAAGAUAUUUUCAAUCAGGUUGUUCCCCGGUGUCCUAAGUGUUCACCUGAUCUUCCACUCGCCAUAAUGAAGCCAGACAUUGUUUUUUUUGGUGAGAACUUGCCAGAACAAUUUCACAGGAGUAUGAAGCAUGAUAAAGAUGAGGUUGAACUAUUAAUUGUUAUUGGAUCAUCCUUAAAAGUACGGCCUGUGGCUCUUAUUCCAAGUUCAAUCCCUCAUGAAGUGCCUCAGAUUCUUAUAAACCGAGAACAGUUGCCACAUCUGAAUUUUGAUGUAGAGCUGCUUGGGGACUGUGAUGUCAUUAUCAAUGAGUUAUGCCAUAGGUUGGGUGGAGAAUAUGAACAACUUUGCUAUAAUCCUUUAAGACUCUCUGAAAUUUCAGAGAAACCCCCACAUACAAUCAAGGAAUCUGAACUGCAGUUCUCUGACUUGCCACCCACACCACUCAAUUUUACAGAAGAUUCUAGUUCUUGGGAGCAUGCAAGUGAACAAAAUCAUUCAUCUAAGCCAGUUUUGGAAAACGAGAACAGUCUUUUACCAAGCCAGCUGGAAUCCGGAGCUGGCACACUUUCUUUAAGCAUUACAGAACAUUCUCCAGUAAGCAAAUCUGAAAAUCAGGAAAAUUCUGAAAGCCAUGCAGGGGACGAGCAGACACAGAAAAACGAAGAUUGCUCUGAACUUGCUGAAAGAAAUGUAGAAGCUGAAGUUCCACGACGCCGCUGGAUAAAUAAGUUUGCAAAAGAGCCAAUCAGCAAGCGCCUUGAAAAUUCUCAAUAUCUGUUCCAAGCACCAAAUCACUACAUUUUUCAUGGAGCUGAAGUCUAUUCAAAUUCCGAGGACGAUUCAAGUUCUUGUGUUAGCCACAGUGAAGACUCCUGUUGCAGUGUUGGAGAGGAAGUGGAGGACGAGAGCAUCGGAGACGAGUGCUCAGAUGGAGAGGACUGUAUGAGGGAUAACAAAGGAGAGUUUAAUAAAGACACAAACGAUAGAAAAGAACAGUUAAUAAACCAGGUAGACAUUAAAGCUGAGGAUAUAAACAAUGUGACGCAAAGGUGGUAAAUCCUCGUUUCUACUUUUACUUUGCUACCUAUCCACCAGCAUUAGUAAUGUCUGUAUUUGCAGUGGUCUUUACUGCUGUCGAAGUACAAGAGUGUCAAUGGACUUUUUUAUUUU